CAGGUCAUUUUCUGAGUAGACAAGCAAAGCAUGUGCAAAGCGUGGCAGGCCUAAAACACAACACAGUUGUACAGGAAGAGCAUGAUGGACGUAACAAUCAAAUCAGCAGAUCCUGCAAAUGAUAAAGAUUACACUUGGAAAGUUAAAGCCAAUGACAGAAGUUACCAGCAGAAAAUCAGAAAGACAGGAUUCCUUGGUUUUCAGAAGGACAAGCAUUUGGACAAUUCAAUUAAAACAUCCAAGUACAAUCUGCUGAAUUUUUUACCUUUGAAUCUAUAUGAGCAGUACCAUCAGGCCCAUGUAAUUUACUUUACAUUUGUGAUUCUUUUGCAGUGCAUCCCACAUAUUUCAACCCAGCCAGCAUAUAUCAUUGUGAUACCGCUCAUAUGUAUUCUGGUAGCAAGAGGUCUGCGAGACAUAGCAGAUGAUAUUAUCCGGUUACAUAGUGUGACGUGGAAGGAUAUUCAUGUUGGUGACAUUGUGUGCUUACGUAAAAAUGACUUUGUACCAGCAGAUAUGAUAUUGUUGAACAGUACUGAGCCAAAUAGUAUGUGUUAUGUAGAGACUGCUGGGAUUGAUGGAGAGACCAAUCUCAAAUUCCGUCAAGCCCCAGUGGUUGCACACUAUGCACUGCAGACUGAACAAGCAUUGUCAGAAUUUGAUGGUAUGAUCAUAUGUGAAGCUCCAAAUGCCAGCAUAAACAGCUUUGUGGGAGUCCUGGACUGGAAAGGAAAAAAGUAUCCUCUGAAUACUGAAAACCUUCUUAUGAGAGACUGCAGGAUCCGCAACACUGCACACUGUUAUGGGCUUGUCAUUUAUGCAGGGGUUGACACAAAAAUUAUGAAAAACUCUGGUAAAGUGAAAAUGAAGAGGACAAAGAUAGACAGCAUAAUUGGAAAAUGUGUUCUGUUUAUAUCUGUGUUGUUAAUUGUUUUGUCACUGGCAAUGGCUAUUGGAGCUGGAGUCUGGAAUCAUUGGUAUAUGAAGAAAUACAACUACAUCCCUGAACUUUCUGGGCUGUCCUUUUCUGCCAUCGGCUUUCUCUUUUUUUGGGCAUACUUUGCUAUUUUGAGCACGCUUGUACCUUUCUUUCUGUACAUCUCGUUGGAACUAAUGCAUGCGGUCCACAACAAAUUUAUCAGCCAGGAUUUAGAGAUGUACUACUCAGAAUCAGAUGUACCAGCUCAGGCAAGAGCCUCCAGCCUUUCUGACCUGUUGGGGCAGAUAGAUUACAUAUUCACAGAUAAAACAGGCACCCUCACACAAAACAUUAUGACUUUCAAGAAAUGCUGCAUUGGGCAGAAGAUCUAUGGUAAUUUCUCUAAUUAAAAAUUUAUAUUUCUAUUUUUACAGAAGGUGUCAUUUACUUGGAAUAUGUAUGCAAACGAAGCCUUUAAAUUCUAUGAUCAAACCCUGGUGGAAGAAUUGCAUCAAAAUCAAGACCCUUUGCUCCGAGAAUUCUUUAGGGGGAUAGCACUUUGCCAUACAGUUAUGUUGGACAACAGCACGGAAGGUUUAGUCUACAAGGCUGCAUCUCCAGAUGAAGAAGCCCUAGUCACUGCUGCCAGAAAUUUUGGCUAUGUUUUUCUUGCACGCACCCAAGAAACCAUCACAAUAAGUGAGAUGGGUACAGAAGUAACCUACAGAAUCUUGGCACUGAUGGACUUCAAUAGUGAUCGCAAAAGGAUGUCCAUUUUAGUAAGAAAUGAAGAAGGGAAAAUAAAACUUUACACCAAAGGAGCAGACUGUGUGAUCUUACAGCUCCUACAUCCCAACUGUGACACUGAGGUCAUUAUGAAUGCCUUGGAUGUCUUUUCAGAAGAGACUCUGAGAACACUCUGUCUGGCAUUUAAAGAAGUGGAAGAGCAUGAGUACAGGAUGUGGGAUGCAAAGCACCAUGAAGCCUCUAUAACACUUCAGAAUCGUGAGGAUCAUCUUGGAGAAGUGUAUGAAGACAUGGAAAAUAAUCUUCAGCUACUUGGAGCUACUGCCAUUGAAGAUAAAUUGCAGAAUGGAGUCCCACAGACAAUUCAGCUCUUGAGAAAUGGAAACAUGAAGAUUUGGAUGCUGACUGGUGAUAAACAAGAGACAGCAGUGAACAUUGCAUAUUCCUGUAACCUUAUUUCAAGUGACAUGCAGAUUGUGGAAGAGAAUGAUAUAAGGUACUUGCUGGAAAACGGCCUACAGAGUACAGAGAACAAUUUGACAGGAGAGUCCCAAAUAGGAGAACUAAGUAGCAACAAAGCAUUAGUUGUCACAGGAGACUUUUUGAGUGAUUUUAUGACUUCAUAUGAAAACCAGACUGAAGAAACUUCUGUAUGGAAGAAAAUGAUUAUGUCUCUGAGGAGAAAGAGGGAAACAGAUAAUAAAAUCAGCCAAAGAACAAGAAAUUUGGUUGAGAUGGCUUGUCAAUAUCAGUCAGUUAUUUGCUGUAGAAUGACACCCAAACAAAAAGCCAGCAUUGUGCAGUUGGUGAAAACGAACAAGAAGGUCACCACUCUUGCCAUUGGAGAUGGGGGAAAUGAUGUCAACAUGCUAAAGACUGCUCACAUUGGUGUUGGUGUGGUUGGGAAGGAAGGUCUCCAAGCAGUCCUUGCCAGUGACUUCGCAGUGGCUCAGUUUUCUCACCUCCAAAAUCUGUUAUUUUUCCAUGGACGUUUAUCGUAUAUCCGUUUUUCAAAGUUCUUGCAGUAUUACCACUACAAGACAUUUGCCUGUCUUUUCCACAAUGUCUGGUAUGCAUUUUUUAAUGGCUUCUCUGCAAAUGCCGUGAGUGAUAUCUGGUUCCUAAUUUUCAACACUUUAAUCUACACUUUCUUCCCAGCACUUUACAUGGGGAUGCUGGACAAGGAUGUGGAUAGUAAGACAAGUCUUCAUCAUCCUCGUCUGUACUUAACUAGCCAGAAGGACACAUGUCUUGGUUCCAGGAUCUUUGCAAAUGCCCUCUAUGGUAUCUACACUUCAUUGGUUAUGUUCUUCCUUCCAUAUUUCGCUUUCUAUGAUUCUGCCGGACCUGGAGGCAUAUUUGAUCACCAGGUUUUUGUAUACACCAUGAGCAACAUCUACUUCUUUGCAGUUUUGGCAGAGGCUGUCUUGGCAAUUGCGUCAUGGUCUGUGAUUGCUUUCAUCAUGUUUGGGAUCUCUCUUUUUAGCUACUUUGCGAUAUCAUAUGCAACUACUCUGCCAUCCGCAUAUUUAAGCAGCAUGCAAUAUUUUAACUUCAUGGGUGCGAUGGUAAAUUCCAUCAGUAGCAUAUACUUGUGGCUCAUUUUGCUGUUGGCUGUAUUUGUAAGCAUCAUUCCUUCUCUCUUCUGCCGAAUAUGGAAUAGACUAAUCCCUAAGAGCCAUUCGGUAACCCCACGAUUAAAUAACAUAGACCUGAACUCUAAUUUCCAAAGGAAUCAUUCCAGAAGACGGUCCAGCUAUGCUUUCUCGCAUAGUGAAGGAUAUGGAAAAAUUGUCACCAGCCAGAGAAAACAUAAGAAAUGUAACAUCCAUAUGAAAGAUAAGGAAUUAAAUAAAGAAUAAGUGACAUUUGUAAUAGUGAGCUUACACAGUACAUUAUACUAUUCAUUAGAACAGGGAAAUGUUGUAUUAUAGUGUAUCUAUAGCCAAUUUUUUCGUUA